AUGGAGCUGUGGAAAGAAGUGAAGAAGAAGCAAGGAUCCAGCGAAGAUUACGUGAUGAACGCACUUGCCACUCGUCUACCAGAAUUCAACCAUGACCCUGAGAAUGGAUGCACGUCUGGGCCGAACGACGGAGCCGCACUGGAUGACAACGCAAAAGCCAGGCUGAUAGUAUCCCGGCUCGACCAGAAGACACAUGCCCGUCUCGCAAACACAAUCGCUCCUAAGAAGAUUGAAGACAUGGACUUACAAACGACAAAAGCGACUUUAUUGAAGCUAUUUGGAUGCCGUAAGUCAGUUUUCACACGCCGAUACGAGUGUACAAGGAUGAAAUACCAUUCAUCGAUGCCAUUAUCGGACUUCGUCGCAGAAGUCAACCGGAACGUGGAAAACGCAGAAUUUGCUGCUAUGACUGGUGAGCAGUUCAAGUGCUUAAUUUUCGUAAGCGCUCUAGAAGAUGACGAUUGUGUUGCACUACGAACCCAUGUACUGAAGAAAAUGAAGGCCGAACCGGACACAACUCUGACGGAUCUACUGGAAGAGUGCAACGACUACUCGGAAUUGCAGUCUCACAUUGAAAUGAUCGGCAAAGCCAAGCUGAUUAGCAAUAAUCUGGUGGCAGUGCAUCAUCGCGUGUGCAAAAACUAUUUACUGUUGUCGUGUGAUAAUGCUGCUUUCUCAACCAACUUGUCCUGGAUCACACGCAGAUUCGUCUUCCAUGGUGCCAGAAAUGAAUACACAAAAACUCUCAGAAAGUGUAAGCUUGGUUGCAGAGAGCGCUCAUUGCAAUGCCAGUCUUGGUCCAGGUUGGCUACAAUGUGCAUGUAG